AUGACUGAAUAUUCCUUCAAGAGAAAGAAAGAGAUGUUUGAAUGCAUUAUUUGCCUUGAAAAAUCUUAUGAAACAGACUUCUGCUCCGCUGGCACUGACAAUUGUGAGCAUUUUAUUUGUGAGGACUGUGUCCAUCAGUAUUUCACCAAUGCUCUAAAUGAUAAUCGUUACACGAGUUACGAUCUUAUACAAUGUCCCAGUCCAGGUUGUAAAGAGUAUUAUGUCUCUGAUCAAGUUAUGGACUUGUAUUUUUCAGAUGCUGAUGCAGAGAAGUGGUGGACUAGUGCCAUUGGUAGUAAAGCUUACAUCGCUAAUAAGGUGUCUUGUCCUAUGGAGAAUUGUCAUGCUGUCUUUGAUGUCGAUUUCAACCAUACCAAACAGUGUACAUUUGCUGAGUGCCAUGAAUGUCACCGUGGCUUUUGCAUCACAUGUCAAACUAUUUGGCAUCCAGGUAGGAUCAAAGUAUACGAUGAUAAGGAAGCCUUGCAAAGGACACUUAAAAAAGCUAAACACAAUAACUGGUCCCGCUGUCCUCGAUGUGGUCAAGUCAUUGAAAGAGAGGCUGGGUGUUCUCAUAUGACUUGUUAUUGCGGAACUUAUUUCUGUUACCAUUGCGGUCGUGAGGUAGACGACUGUUUGGAUCAAUGCGAAUUUUGGGACGAAAAAAAGUUAACGGAGCUACGUAAUCUGAUGUUUCCCUGUUAACUAAUUAACGGAA